GCGGCCGCCGAGGGAGGGACGGCCCGGCCGGAGCCGCGUGUGAGCAGCGCCGAGGCUGUGGGUGCCCGCCCGCCCGCCGGCCCCGGCCUGCCCGCCCGGCGCCCCCCGCCCGCAGGAUGUUCAAGAAAUUUGAUGAAAAGGAGAAUGUAUCAAACUGCAUCCAGCUGAAGACUUCAGUUAUUAAAGGUAUAAAGAAUCAACUGAUAGACCAGUUUCCUGUUAUUGAACCAUGGCUAAACCAAAUCAUGCCAAAGAAAGAUCCAGUCAAAAUAGUAAGAUGUCAUGAACAUAUAGAAAUCCUCACUGUGAAUGGGGAAUUGCUGUUCUUCAGGCAAAGAGAAGGCAUUUUUUACCCAACGUUAAGGUUGCUUCAUAAAUACCCAUUUAUUCUCCCGCAUCAGCAGGUUGAUAAAGGUGCCAUUAAAUUUGUCCUGAGUGGAGCUAAUAUAAUGUGCCCUGGCCUGACGUCUCCUGGAGCAAAGCUUUACCCUGCUGCUGUUGACACUGUUGUUGCAAUAAUGGCAGAGGGAAAACAACAUGCAUUAUGUGUGGGAGUAAUGAAGAUGUCAGCUGAGGACAUGAUUCUUUGUGGUGCUUCAAAGACAGACUCCAAGAUGAGAAGGUCAACAAAGGGAUUGGUAUUGAAAAUAUCCACUAUUUAAAUGAUGGCCUUUGGCACAUGAAGACAUACAAGUGAAACAACAGGAACUGUUACUCCAAAGGAAUGCACUUAGAUUAAAUGUGGACUGCUUUGUAAUUCCUUGUUUUUAAUGUGACUGAAUGUACAAAUUAUUUUGUUCUGUGGCUAUGCUAAAUAAAUCAAUUGAAUGCAAAAGUACUGUUAGGCUACAUUAGUUUUCUAGAUUUCUUUUUAUUACAGUUAUUUUGUUCUGUCUUAAACCUGAGUCUUCAGUGACUGAAGAUAUUUGAUGAGAUUCUGCAUGGACUGUAAGUAGACUAUUUCAAAUGGAAAGGAGGAAAAACCCAAGAAAUGUUUACAUUUUUGUGCUCUUCUAAAAGACUAAUAUAAAGUGUGUGUGAAAUAUAAAUAUGGUUUAUAAAACCUCAGAAGCAUUUCAGAUUUUUUCUUCUGAUUGUCAUUCUGUUAGUCUACCUAGUUUCUUGAAUGUGGAGAAAUCAGGUUUUUUGACAUUUUUUUAACUUAUUAAGAGCAUUAAUUUCAUUUUACUUAAGGAUUUUCUCUUUUUAAUAUGCAUUUAUCUGUAUAGGAUUUAUGAACUCUGAUAUGUGGAUUAGAAAUUCUUUUAUGGUGGCUCAUACCUGAAGACUCUGUGUAUGUUCAGAUUUCUACCUGCCAACACUUUGAUACUGCUCUCCUUCUAGUGGAGUUUGUAGUCAUGGUGGCCACACUGAGUGAAGUGUGUGCCACCCUGGUGCCUGACGCUCUCUACUCCCUGUGUGCUGCCUUAUUUUAGGAGCAGAAACAAAAUCACUGUUAAAUAAAGGCAUGACAGCAAAACAUGUUUUUCAGUGUAGCCAGGAGAAACUUUUUCAGGUGGAACUCAGCUUGUGCACACUGCCACAUAUCCCCCGCUACAGAAUGGAUUCAGGAGCACUGUGUGUCUGUCUGGAUAACCCAAUCUUUUGUUCAGCAUACCCAAAGCUAUGCCUAUGGAAAAAUGAAAUACUGUAAUAAAUUAAGGAAACUUUUAAGGUCUACCA